UUACCGAACGGUUUCGAAUGUUCGGGUCGCGGGAAAAGUGACAAGUUUGAAUUGCCAAUUGAAAUCUUUCAAUGUUCAAAGACAAAAGGACUAGUAAUUUAUUUUUUGAGUUUUGUAGGUGGUUUUGCAUUAAGCAACAAUAAUAAGUUAGUUUAUACAUAAUAAUGAGUGUUCCUGUUGCCAUAUUGGCCUUCAUCGAAGGGGGCUAUGAAAUGUUUGAUGAUGAAGAGUAAGAAACCAGUGUUUUGGAAAAAGUAGCGGGUUUCGCUGAAGUAACUGUACCCCAAUUUGCCAAUCACCAGUUUAGACAUCACUUUAGAAUGUCUCCAACAACUUUCGAAGAUUUACUGGUGAAAUUACAUGCAGUUGGUGAAAAUAGGUUGGCCACUGUUGGACAUCCAGAUGGACAAGCAAGCCAUGAUAGCUAUAUGGUUUUUAGCUAGUAUGGAAAGUUUUCGGUAAAAAUCACAAAACUUAACCAAAUUAAUUGUUCCUUGAUUAUGAUUUUUAUUUUAGUUCAGUUGCUGAUCGAUUUGGAAUGUCUAAGUCAACAUGCUGGGAUGUUUUAUAUCGAACAUGCAGAAUUCUUUUGAAAAUGAAUUCUGUAUUUAAAAUAAUUUCUUGGCCAAUACGAGACAGGGCUCAUGCUAUAAUGGAAGCUUUUCAAGAAAUUAAUGGAUUCGAAGGAGUAAUUGGCUGCAUAGACGGUAGCCAUAUUAGAAUCCUACCACCAAGAGACCAUCCUAAUUCCUAUUGCAACAGGAAAAUUUUUCAUUCGGUUUCGUUGCAAGGGUUAUGUGAUAACAAAAAAUUAUUUACCCACGUAUAUGCUGGAGAACCUAGUUCCAUCCACGACAGCCGUCUGUUUGAGAAAUCAGACCCCUUUGAAGGAAUUCAAACAGGACAAUUUGCAUUUCCUCAUGAUAGUCAUAUGCUUGGUGACUUAGCCUAUAACUUGUCAGACUACAUGAUGGUUAGUUUUAAAAGUAACAUAAACUUGUCAAACAGGCAAGAAAAUUUUAAUAUAAAAUUAUCACAAAUUAGGGUCCACAUCGAAAAUGCUUUUGCUCUGCUAAAGGGCCGUUUCCGGCGAUUGAAAUUUAUGGAAACUGGAAAAUUGAUAGGAAAAGCCGAAAUUAUGGUGGGAAAUCGGGCAGAAUUGACAUAUUGGAUCUCUUUUAAAACAGCUCUAAUUCAGAGUUUUGCCGAUCGACGAGAUUUAGAUUGUCUCGUGCAAGAAUUAACUAGGACACAUCCAUAUAAAAAUGAAUCACUUUUAAAUUUUGGUAGCCGUUUACAAUUAUUAAGAAGUAAUGUAGUUCAGCGCAUAAGCAACGAUACUACAAUUACAAAUGAACAGAAGCUCUGUCACAUAACCUAUUUAGAUAAAACCGCCCUUAAUACAUUUAUUGCGGGAUGUUCAGAUCUUUUACGAAAUAACAUGCAUCUGAGAAAGCCUAAAACGCUAGAAGAUGCCCUAGCAUAUGUUAAUGAAUUCGAAAAUUUUUAA